AGGAAGGGCCUCUUUUGUUGUGCUGGGAAGGAAAAGGCAGAUUCUUGAGGCCAGUUUGAAUUCUGGCUGUCAAGCCCUUUGCUGGGAGAAAGAUUGAUCACUCCUCACUAUUUCGGCACGCCGUUUCUAAAAAUACCCUUUCCUUUACAUUUCGUUUUAAAAAAAAAACUAGUAUCACAAUGCCUAAUGCGGUUUAAAAAAAAAAGGAAGACUUGUGUAUAUUUGUCCAUGAAGUUUUGCCUGGCACAUUUUAGCAACACAAUCGAAUUGAAAUAAAAAAGGGAGAUGCUCUCUUGUUCCUGCGACCUCCCAAUGAACCCUAGGUGUUCCAGAUACUGGAAAUAAACACCCCGUUUUAGAAAGCCAAACGUUUCUCGACCACCGGGGCCGUGUUGCGAGACAGCACGUUUACUUCUCUGUUCUCUAUGGUUGUCAGCGGCCGCUAAAAAUGUAUGCCGCUGCAUAUAACUGGGGUGAAUUAAGAACAAGACUGAUCUUGAAAAGCCACUUACAUUAGCCUGGGUCUCGCCGUAUGAUCCCACUGCUCGGUUCCCUUUAUGAAAAAAAAAGUGUGUAAUGGUACCUCUCAUCCCGACAGAGAGUGUUGCUGCCCAUGCACAGUGUAUGUGUGGUGUGUGUAAAAGAGAAUAUUCUCAUUUUAAGCAGAGGGAACGUCAGGUUUCUAACCUGAAAGCCACUGUCUCGGUGCCCACAAGAGGAAGUUCUUUUAACUUCGUUUUGCCCUGUCUGUUGGUCUUGUCAGAACCUUAAAGAUUAAUGACCUUUGCUCAUCACAAUGCCCAAGGUUCGCCAGCCUGCGAACGUCUUAAUCGCCCCAAUUACAGUAUACAACACAUCUCACCGUCACCCCCACAGUCUGGCGUGGGACUCCCCACAACACUGACGCCCCGAAAACUCUCCUGCGAGAGUCAGGUGCAGACCCGAGAUUUUUUAUUAUGAUGAUGAUGAUGAGGCGUCGGAAAUGCAACUCCCUAGCAAGUGAAACAAAACCAGGCUCCUGUGUUUUUGGAUCAAUUGGAGAAAAGCAUGCUCUCUUUUUUCCUGCAGGCCCCGAAUUUGUAAUUGGUCGUUUUGGAUCACGUGACGAGGAAUUGGUCGCAUUUUCGCCCUCGUCUCCACAGUUUAGCAGCCCCAGGUCCCCAUACGACAGUAAUAUCACCAAUAUACACAAUUAUUAAAGCCCGCAAAAUAUCGCAGAGCGGGACCCUCGUUAUUACCCGGUGUUUUUUAUUUUUUUUUUAUUAUUUGAAGACACCAGCCUUGCUUUCCGACCAGGAGAAGCUAUGAAUUUUGAAUUUGAGAGGGAGAUUGGGUUCAUAAACAGCCAGCCUUCCCUCGCAGAGUGCCUGACGUCUUUUCCCGCUGUCCUGGAGUCAUUUCAAACUCCAUCAAUCAAGGAGUCGACAUUAAUUCCUCCUCCGUUCGAGCACACAAUCCCCAGCCUCAAUCCCUGCACCGGCAGCCAGGCGCGACCCAGGAGCCAGAAAAGAGCUGCAAAUGGCCUCUCGCUCCGCUCCCCAGCGCCGCAAAGCCCAGCUGCUCCGGCGACCGCGGGGCCGGCGGCGGCCGAGUUCCCGUGGAUGAAGGAGAAGAAGUCGUCGAAGAAGAGCCAGCAUCUCGGGGCUGCCGCCGCCGCCGCCGCCUCCUCCUCCUCCUCCUCGCCCUCGCCCUCCGCGUUCGCGGCAGCGGGGCUGGACUCGCCGGCAGAGUCUCAGAGCGGGCUGGAGUCCGGCGGCGGGUCCCGCCGGCUGCGGACCGCUUACACCAACACCCAGCUGCUGGAGCUGGAGAAGGAAUUUCACUUCAACAAAUACCUCUGCCGGCCCCGCCGGGUGGAAAUCGCCGCCCUGUUGGAUCUAACGGAGCGUCAGGUCAAAGUGUGGUUCCAGAACCGCAGGAUGAAGCACAAACGGCAAACCACGCACCACAGGGAGGGCCAGGAUGGAGACCCGGGCGGGUUCGAGUCCGCGGAGGGCGCGGAGCCGGCCUCUCCCUUAGCCGGCCAGCCCCUGGACGUUUCGGGCCCGGCCGCGCCCGAGAGCGAAACGCGCGAACCGUCUUCCUCCUACGCCAGCGGCCAGGACGGCGAGCGGCCCUCCCCUGAGGAGGAGCAGCAGCAGGGCCGCCGCCAGGACCUCGCACCGGGCCCUGACAAAGCUGUCAGGUCGCCUGAGCUCCCCGCGCCCACUCACGAUAACCCCACAACAAUGAGCCAGGGCCGCGCAUCUGGCCCGGAUAAUGCGUUUCCCGAGCCGCAGGACGCCGCCUCCCUCGCCGAGCUCAAUUUCUUCUCCCCCGACUCCUGCCUACAGAUCUCAGAUGCUUUAUCGCCGAGUUUGCGGAGCUCGCUCGACAGUCCGGUGGAUUUUUCCGAAGAGGAUUUCGACUUCUUCACGAGCACCCUCUGUACCAUCGACUUACAGCACUUUCAGUUUUAGGACAGAAAGGGGCAGAGAAGCGACUUUCGUUCUCGAAAUUGUAGACUCUCGUAGUCGCCUCAGCUGCAGGAGCUCACCCAUAUUUCACCCCUAGAACACAGACUUUCAUUAUCCGGGUUUCCAGUGUAAAACGAACUCGUACGUUAUUUAAAUGGGAUAGAGACUCUACAAAUAUUCGGUUUCUUACAAGUCCAAUCAUGUUUUGACUUUCUUGGAAGUCUCUUUUUCCGAACUUCAGGUAUUUAAUUUUUUAUUUUAUUUUGCAUUUUAUUUUAUUUUUUUAAUUUAUAUUUAUUGGCGUUAGAGGAAGGAGUCGAGAACAGUGUAGCCUACUCAAUCGAUAAACUCUCAGGAAAUAAAUCAAAAAAAUGUGACUGGAUAGCGAGCUGCUUUUAGAAAUUCUCUCGAAAAGGGUAUUGUCCCUCUUUCUGGGUUUUAGAACUAGUUUAUUUAUUGAGAUUCUUUAAUAGUAAAAUGCAAAUUAUUUAUUGUACAUUAUUUUCAUAGAUGAAAUAAAACCUU